CAUCCAAGGGCCAAGUCGAUGUGCUACAGUAAUUCAGCCCUGUCUACAAUUAUACCAGACCCAAGAGGCUAUUCAUCGGCUUGGCAGUCAGGUCCAUGGACCGAUUAGUCAUUCAUUAUCUCCGUUUGCUCGUAUGCUUACAUGGAUAUGCGUAAAGCUUGAUACAGCCCGCCGAGUUAUCCUGGACUCCGCCAUCACAAUCUCCCUAUUACACGGAUGGAUUCUAGCUGCCGCCGCGGCGAGGGAUUAGGAGCGGAGAGUAAUCGGCCGAAAUGACAUAACCAAACCUGGUCUUACAGCAAGUCCGCUCGGGGAGUUUGCAGGUGUCCCAUUCCACCUAUUUACCAUAAACGGCGUUCCUAACAGUAAGAAUGGUACGAGCGGUACAGGAAAAAGGUGUAAAUACCAUAAUAUAAGAAUGCUUUACAACCCCUAGCUAUCUAUGUGUUCUCUAUCAUAUUCAAGCAACAUAAACUUCAAAAGAAGAAGACACAAGUACAAGAAGAGAAAGCAACAGCCCUAGCAAAGUAACACACGCCAGUGACACUCAUCCGAAGCAUAGCAUCCAUUAAACCAUCGCCGCCAUGACCAAGACAGUCGUCGUCCUAGGCGCCGGCCCAGCUGGUUUGCCCAUCGCGCACUAUCUGCUGCGCCGAACCGCAAAGCAGCAUCCCGAUCUCCGCGUAAUCCUCGUCUCCCCCCACGACACAUUCUACUGGAAAUUUGCGUCCGUUCGCUUCGCGCUGCCGGGACAAAUGGGAGAGGAAAAAUACAUGGUUCCGCUCGCAGAAUGCUUCGCCUCAUAUCCCACCAAGGCUUUCGAGCUCGUGAUCGGCGCUGCCGAGACGCUGGAUCCAAAGCGUAACACCGUUGGCGUUCGAGUGGGCGAGGAGGUCCGCGAAAUAGGAUAUCACACGCUAGUGGUGGCCACGGGCUCGCGGGCCCGCGACGACAUGCCGUGGAAGGAAACCGGGACGACUGAGCAGACGCGAGCCGCACUAACAAAACUGCAGACGGCGAUCCGCGACGCUCGGUCCAUCGUUGUCGCGGGGGCAGGCGUAACGGGAGUUGAGUUCGCGGGCGAGUUGGGGUCCGCGUAUGCGAAGACAGGCCUAAAGGACGUCACCCUGGUUGGUACCGAGGUGCUGCCGCUCGAACCGAGGACAAAGGAUGAUGUGCGCAGAGUGGCGAAGCAUGAACUCGAGAAGCUCGGGGUCAAGUAUAUUGGCGGGGCGAGGGUUACAGCGGAGGUAAAGGAUGACAACAAGAAGAAGGGGAAGACCGUUGUCACGCUCACGCGAAGUGAUGGUUCCACGGAGACGUUAACUGCGGACCUCGUUGUGCCCACACAUGGCCUCGUGCCGAAUACCGAAUUUGCGCCAGAGGCAAUGCGUGAUGGAGCCCUGGGGUACUUGAAGCAGGAUGCGGACUUGCGAGCCCCAGGAUACCAAAAUGUAUUUGUCCUAGGCGAUGUUGGAAACUUACAACCAGCACAAGGUGUGAACACAGAUGCUCAGGUACGACACCUCAUGACGCAGCUCAACGCGUACUUCUCAGGAGAGCCGACCAAACCCUAUACGUUCGACCCCAACAAAGUUCAACUCGCGAUAAGCAUCGGCCGUGACCGUGGUACUGGUCAGCUUGGCUCAUGGAGGCUCUGGAGCUUCCUUGUCUGGUACCUCAAGGGACGAUAUCUUGGUACGAAUCACGUCGAAGCGUAUGCCAAAGGAGACGUUGGUGGCGCUGGGAGGGCGUGGCCCAAAUAAUGUUGAACCUGGUUCUGUCCAUGUCUUGCUUUGUUCCGAGUACAUGAUGUCUGACCUU